UCCCGAGAAAAGGAAGAGAGAGGAUGAUGAAGAAUCUGCCUUCCUAUUCAAGGCUCCACGAGGAAUUGCAAUCACCCACCCGAGAGAGGUUGAAUACCUCAUCAAUACCACGUUCUCACUGCACAAGCAGCGCUAUGAUAUGCACCGAGACAUCCUCCGCAAAGCGAGUGGGAAGAGUGCGGUAGCGGUUGUCCAAGAAUUAUCGCAUUAUCAGCGAUUCUUCGACGGGAUAGAGCCCAUACCCAUAGAUUCUCCGGUGUGGGGGCAUGUUUCCAAGUGCGCGGAGGCAAUGUUGGAAUUGGCCCAAUCUCCUGGCCGGUUUCGAGCUGCUCACUGGAUCAACCAGGGCGUCUUAAAAAAGCGUACACGAAAAGCGCCCAAAGAUCGAAAUACAUACCAAGAGUUGUACACUCGAAUCUACAAACCUGGACGUCACCGGUAUCGACAACUCCUUCAGGAGUAUGUCUCACAAUUCCCUUCGGAUUUAUCCUGGGCGUUAUUCCAUGGCGGUAUUUACGGCAUCGGAGAUAUCGUACUCGAAAAAGUAAAGGACAUAUUGGACAAAGCAGGAUAUUCGAACAUUCAUAUCCCUUCCCUUCUCCAAGAGACAGAGGAGGAGCCAGUGUUUGUGUAUAGUGGAACGACCGCAUACGACAACUAUUCGCGGUUUCUAGAGCAAUUCGAUUCUGAGGAAUCUUCUCGUCAAAUCAACUUCACCUCAUUAACGGAGGAAGACGAUUGGGACCAUUAUGAAUGGAUUCCCUUGCAGGACUCCAUCACGUCCACCUUAAAUUUCAGGACGGAUCCCAUCCUUGGGUUCAAAGAAUCGACCCUUAUCGAUAUGUGUCCCCAGUCCACCAACAGUGGACCAGGGGGGUUCGUCUCCAAGGUAGCAGUGGAGAGCCGCUACCACAAGGCGAUCAAGCUAGCGAUGGAUAUGGCACCUCGUUCGUUGACACACCAGCCAGCCUCAACGGGAUUGAAGGAUGACCUCAGGUUGAUGUUACGGGGAGAAAUUGAACUCUUGGCCAAACUCCGACAGAGGAUCGAU